AUGAGGUCAAAAUUCAACAAAUACUGGAAUAAGUCAUAUAUAGUGUUCUGUGUACCUGUUGUGUUUGAUCCUAGGUUUAAGCUAAAAUUCAUUGACUUCCUUUUCAAGGAAUCAUUUCCAAAGAAAGCCAAGCAAAGAUUUGAAAGGGUUGAGAGUCUAGUCCGUCAGUUGUUUCAAUCAUAUUCUUCUCAAGGAAAGGAGUCCAAUGCAGCUGAACAAGGUGCUGCGCAAAGUGCUGAGCAGGCAGUGCCUUCCAUGAAGAAUGAUCCAUGGGCUGUUUGGGAUCGACAGCUUAGUAGUGCUCUUCAAUCCCAGAUGACCACGGAGCUUGAUAGGUAUUUGGAGGAGAACCCAAUACCACGUUCUCAAGAAUUUGACAUUUUAAAGUGGUGGAUGGGUAAUGCAACCAAGUAUCCAAUUCUAGCCUGCAUAGCAAGGGAUCUGCUAGCCAUCCCAGCUUCUUCUGUAGCUGCGGAAUCUGCUUUUAGCACUAGUGAACGAAUAAUCAGUGACUUCCGUAGCAGCUUGACGCCUGAGGCUGUUGAAGCACUGAUUUGCACCCAGGACUGGUACCGGGCAGAAGGUAAAUCAACAGAGUUUUCUAUGGCGUCCAUCAAUGACUUCAUAAUGGGCGAGAUGGAGAUUGACAAGGUCACUGCAGGGCAGCGGUUGGAUCUGAACCUUGAAGAGGGUGCAGCUGCAGUUGCUCAGGCUGCUGUAGGUGCACCAUAUGUUGUUGACCUGGUGGAUGGUGAGGCUGCUCCUGCUGGAGCAGAGCAAGGCCCUAUGAGGUGGACUAGCAACAUGUCUGGGUUUGUCCUAAGGAGGAUGGCCCACAUUGUGACUAAGGGUGGUAGGACUGACAAGACCUACAAGGAUAAGGAUGUCAAUGCAGUAGCUAAGGCUCUAAACGAGUACAGUGGGUUGCCUGUUAGUCCAACUCAAGUGUACAAUCACUUGAGGAAGUGGAAACAGAAAUGGUCUAAGGUUGCUAAGCUCAAGGACCUUAGUAGGGCAACAUUUGAUGAUGAUGUGCAUGCCAUAAUGCUAGAACAGGACCACUAUCUUGGUCAUUUCAAGGACCACCCUAAGGAUGCUGAGUACUUGAAUACUCCAAUUAGGUUCUACACUGAGAUGGAGACUCUGUUUGCUAGCACCUUGGCUACUGGUAGGUUUGCCUUAGGAUCCAAUGAACUUUUGGGGGUGAACAAUGCUGAUAGUGUGGCUGCUAAGCUGGAGGGUCAAGACUUCUCUUGUCCUACUUAUGAAGGCAAGGCCACAACAAAUACCUUUGACUUUGCUGAGGGCAGCAAGGCCACAUCACUUUUGUCACAGAGUGUUGGUGGUAAGAGGAAGAGGGGCAAUUUCAGUGAGGAAGAGAUGCUAAUGAUGACCAACAUUACUGAUGCUGUCAACAAUGUUGCCAAUGCUAUGCUGAAAACAGGUGCUGCACAUGUUGACCCAGACCUCUACCUUGCUGUCAUGGAGAUACCUGAUUUCUCCACUGAGGCCUUGAUUGUUGCCUACACUCACCUCCUUGAGAACAAAGCAGUGGCAACUGGUUUUGUGAACAUGACAACCCCCCACAGGGCCAUAUGGCUUCAGACCUACCUCGCCAAGAACUACUACAUGUAG